AUGCCUUGUUUAUCGGGAACAGGUCUUCUGUGCAAGGUUAUGAGCCACAGAACACGCAGAAAUAUUUCUGUUAUUAUGAUGUCAUCUCAUGAUUCAACUGGUUUAGUCUUCAAGUGCUUGUCGAGAGGUGCAGUUGACUUCCUACUUAAACCUAUACACAAAAAUGAGCUGAAGAAUCUCUGGCAGCAUAUCUGGAGAAGGUGCCACAGCUCUAGUGGGAGUGGGAGUGGUACUGGUACACGAACUAAAUCAAAAAGUCAUGACAAUUCAGGCAACAGUGGCAGUGAUGAUGGGAGUUGUUACUUUUGUUUGUUUUCUGAUGCUGAAUGUGGUGCUGUCCAAAUCAUUUCCCAUCCCCAUCCCCAGGAAGAUAACCUUACUCCUGCCCCAUUCCCCGAACCUAUGGAAGUGGGGACAGGGAUUAGCCUUUGGGUGACGUUUCCUGUGUGA